AGUAGUUUUGUAGUGUGGCUGAGUUGAGUGGUGUGCAAGUGAAUCCUCUUAAAGGUGGAUUACUGGACUAGGAUGUUGACGCUGCCAGAGAACAGGGAAGACUGUGACUCAGAGAGCAGGUCUGCAGGAGAUGCAGACGAGAGUAAGAAAAUGGAGAGAAGCUCUCCGCUUUGGAGAGAGGUGGAAGAUGGGUGCGUAGCUGMGAGCUCGAAACGAUGGACCACCACCCUUCAUCCUCCCACCCUCACUGAGAAGACGAGGGCAGACUAACCCUCUGGGACAGCAAUGGUUUCCCUCACCUUAUCCAACCCCUUCAGCUGGAACGUGACCUCUGCCCUCUGCGUCUUCGUCUUGUUGCUCCCAGAGGUCGCGGCCGACAACCUGAACACUUCGGCCACCCGUGUGGGUGGAGGGGCACAGUGUGGGGAGUACACAAACCAGCUCAUGGAGGACGGCAUGUGUCGCCUCAUGGCCACCCUGCCUCAGAUGGACGAGCGACGAUGUCCGGAUUUGUUUCGCUGCACGGACGAGGUCUCCUACUGGCUGCGCGAGAACCGAGACAGGAAGCAGCAGAUCGUGGCUCUGAAGGAGACCAUCUCUGAGCUGCAGGAGGAACUCAGGAACCACCGGCAUCGCAUCAAAGUCCUGGAGCUGCAGAGUGAAGAGAAGGCCCACCUGAACCUGUCUCUGGAGCUGCGUUUCCAUGAGCUGGAGGUCCACUACACUGAAGCCACCUCCCUGCUGCAUCUACAAGGAACACUGAUCCUGGACCUGCAGAAACAACUACACAAUCUGACUCUUUCAGUGGAUAAAGUGAACCGAAGCCCCGGGUGUUCAGUCAGUAUCGUCCGUCCCAAUCCCCUACUGAACACCCAACAAGCCAUGCACCCAGAGAUCAAGCACGUGGGGAACUGCCCCAUGGACUGUGCCUCCAUCUAUCAGCACGGGGUGAGGAGGUCAGGUCUCUACACUGUGGUGCCGUUACUGGCGGGCAUGCCUGUGGAGGUUUACUGUGACAUGGAUACAGAUGGUGGUGGCUGGAGCGUGAUCCAACGGCGACUUGAYGGCUCAGUGAGCUUUGACCGCAACUGGAGGGAUUACAAGGCUGGAUUUGGCGACUUGCACUCCGAGUUCUGGUUGGGCAACAACCACAUCCACGACCUGACCAUCCAGGGAGAUUACAGCCUCCGAAUAGACCUGGAGGACUGGAGCAACCAGCACAGACACGCCCUCUACCAGAGCUUCAGUGUGGACGGUGAGGAGCAUCAGUACCGUCUUCAUGUGUCGGGCUUCAGCGGCACUGUGCAGGACUCCUUCAGCUGGUACCACGACAAGCAGGGCUUCAGUACGCCGGACAGCGGCAACAUCUGUGCUGAGAUCUCACACGGGGGCUGGUGGUACAACCAAUGCUUCUACGCCAACCUUAAUGGAGUCUACUACAGAGGAGGCCAUUAUACCCCAAAAGGAAGAGGCCCACUGGGUCCCGACGGGAUCGUGUGGUACUCCUGGAAAGACUCUGAUUACUACUCUUUACGCAAAGUCAGCAUGAUGAUCCGACCGCGCAGCUUCCACACACGAUCGUCACCCUGAAAACGGUGCGGACACAGGAGCUAGCAUCCCUCGCAGCAGUGAGGAGACCGGCACGAGCCCACUGCUGAGCAAAGCCAGAGGCUAUUUCUCCCACUGGAUCUACAGAAUAAUGACGACAGGGGACUUUGCUUUGUGGAAAUUUAGAAACUGAACUAUUGUUCUGCUCUUUUUAAGAUUCAAGUUCACAUAUUUUUGGUGCCUCUUUCAGACGUUGCAAAUUGGCACUUGGAAAAGAGGAGAAACUGGUCUAGAUGGUCAGAAAACAGGACUGGAAUGAAUCUAUUACAGUGUAAAAUAUAACAUGGACAAAGAAACCUCUGUUCAGGAUCAGAUCAAACAUAUUUUAUACCCUCAAUCUAAGGAGACAAUAAACAGUUGUGGAUAAAAUCUCCUCCAAAGCUCUGUAGACUGUGCCUACUGUAGAGUCUGCCAGGAGACCUACAAACUCAGCUCAGCCAUAUUUAGGUUACAGUGUUGGAAUGUUUGUGUGAAAUCAUACAAACAAAAAAAAGUGAGCGAUAAAUAUGUUUUUUUUCUUAAAGACGUACUUCAAUCUUUUGAUGUGGGCUUCUGUGAACAAUCCCUACCUUGUACAUAUUUUUAUAACUCUUUGGACAACUUCAGUUUGGAAAAAAAAAAGUAUAAUUUCAAAUUCACAAGCUAGUAUGAACGGGGCUACAAAAAAAAAAAAAAAAAA